AUGGAAGAUUUACACAAGUACAACACUUCACACAACUACAGCUCUGAUCCCAGCAACAUCAGCUACACCUACAACAAUGAUAUUGAUAACCUUAUGUUCAGCUUAAAUGUGGUGACAUACAUAGUUCUUGUCAUCGGCGUUCCUUUGACGCUGGUGGCCAUCUGUGCUCUUUUUUCUCAGGUGAGAAAUGAUAACGUCGCUCCCAUCUACGUCAUCAACCUCCUCAUCUCUGACCUCAUUCAGUUCUGCUGCAUGAUUGCUGAGAUGGUGCAACCUGAGGACGGUGUCGUCUUGUUUAUCUACAGCUAUAGUGUGUUCGCCAGUGUUGGCUUCAUGGUGUGUAUCGCCAUGGAAAGGUAUUUCGCCAUCGUCUUCCCACUGUGGUACCGCUUCAGACGAACCAUCAAGACCUCUGUGCUGGUCUGCGUCGUGGUCUGGGUCCUUCCUCUCAUCUGUACCCUCCCUGCACGUAUAUCCAAUUCUGUUGCGGGCGUCAUAAUCCUACCCAUCUUUUUAUUUCUUCCCCUCCCACUGCUCAUAUUCUUCAUGGGUGGGACCCUCAGAGCUCUGUCUGCCUCCAUCUCGGUCCCCUCUGAUGAAAAACUACGAAUUGCAGGAAUGUUGGUCCUGGUGCUGCUGAUUUACAUCCUGCUGUUCCUGCCCUUCAUCAUUUUGAUGGUGGCAGGUGAACUGGUUAAUGUCACUCUUGUCUUCCUGUCUCUUGUGUUAAUCAGGUUGUGUCCUCUUGUAGAUUUAGUUCUGUAUGUUUUCAUGAGGAAAGGGACCACACACAGUCUCCUGGCCUCUGUGAGGUGUUGCAGAAUGGACAGCAAUGAAAUCAGAAGACCAGCAGUAGCAGUGGUGAUGACGUGUCCACAAUACGAGGACGCCUCGUCCUGA